UCAUCCUCCAGAAUAGGAGUUUAUGUGGAUCACAGUGCAGGAACUCUGUCCUUCUACAGCGUCUCUGACACCAUGAAGCUCCUCCACAGAGUCCACACCACAUUCACUCAGCCUCUAUACGCUGGGUUCUUGGUUUGUUUCGAUCAGAAGUGAGGUUGUGUGAUCCAGAAUAAGAUGUAUCUGGUGUUUUGUGGUCAGUAACAAGUAGAAAUUGUAUCACAAAUGAUCUUAUAGAAAAGUGUUUAAUUUCAACAAGAUUCCACAUUAUAGAGAGAUUGUUCCUGAGCACCAAAGCACUAAAAUGUAAAUCUAAAACACACACAGAAUAUUUAUUCUUUGUAAUGUGGUCUUCUUCUUUUUCUUCUUUCGGCUUUUCCCUUCAGGGGUCGCCCCAGCGAAUCAUCUUUCUCCACCUAUCCCUAUCUUCUGCAUCCUCAACACUUACACCCACUAGCUUCAUAUCCUCAUUUAUUACAUCCAUAUACCUCCUCUUUGGCCUUCCUCUUUUCCUCUUGCCUGGCAGUUCCAUGUCAAACAUUCUCCUACCAAUAUACUCACUCUCCCUCCUCUGGACAUGUGUAACGUCUCGUCAGACAUAGGAGUGUUAGAAUCUAUACGCAGAAGUAAUAAAGAACAGAAGGCAAAAUCUUAGUCGAGGUCACGAAGAAACAGAGUCAAAACCAGAAAGCAACACUGUGGACCAAAACCAAAACACAAAUCCAGAAAUUGAAGUCAAAAGCAAACGGGCAGGGUCAUGCACGAGGUAACUAGACAAUGACUAAAUCAAGGCUUGGCAAGUAACGCUAUAGGAAAGAAUGCUUCGCAAUGUGGUUGAGAUAGCGUGCUGCUUAUAUACGUCUCUGGACUGGAAGUGGGCAGAAACGGUUAAUAUUCGGGCGAUGGCUCCCUCUGGUGUUCAGGCCUCGUGACAGAACCCCCCUGUCUAGGAACACCUCCAGGUGUUCGAUGUCGAGGGCGCCCCCUCGGGCGAGGAGCGGGUCUGUGGGGAAAGUUCUGGUGAAAUUCCUCUAUGAGUGCAGGGUCCAGGAUGUCGUGUGCAUUGACCCAGCAGCGCUCCUCCAGGCCAUAUCCCUCCCAGUCCACCAAGUAUUGGAGGCGGCGACCCUGGCGAUGCGAGUUAAGGAUAGUGUGAACCCGAUAGGCGAGGGAACCGUCAAUGUCCAGGGGAGGGGGUGGCUCAUGGGCGGUGGGGCCCGCAGUUUGUGGUUCGUGAUAGGGCUUGAGCAGAGACACAUGAAACGUGGGUGCAAGGCGAUAAGAGGCAGGCAGCUCUAGGCGAUACGAGACGGGAUUAACCUGGCGAACAAUUUUGAAGGGGCCGAUGAAUCUGGGGCUGAGCUUACGGCAGGGCAGUUUGAGUUUCAGGUUGCGCGUGGAUAGCCAAACCUUUUGACCCACCAGGUAGGUUGGAUGGGGUUGACGUCGGCGAUUGGCCUGAAUAACCUGUCUAUGUAUUGCCCGGUGAAGGCGGACAUGGGCUCGUUCCCAGAUCUCUUGGCUUCGCUUGGACCACUCGUCAACCACGGGGACGUUGGAAGGCUCCUCAGACCAUGGGAACAAUGGUGGCUGAUAGCCAAAUACACAUUGGAACGGCGUCAGCGUAGAGGAAUGGGUUAAGGAGUUCUGAGCAUAUUCGGCCCACGGGAGGAAUUCACUCUAUCUGUGCUGUUCCUUGCUGCAGUAAACCCUCAGGAACCUUCCCAGCUCUUGAUUCAGACGUUCUGUUAGAUUGGGGAUGGUAUCCUGAGCUCAGACUGACUUUGAUUCUCAACUGUUUACAAAACUCCUGCCAGACCCUGGAGGUAAACUGCGGCCCUCGGUCUGACACUAUGUCUUCAGGGAGCCCAAAAUUCCGGAAUACGUUGUGAAAGAUGGCUAAGGCAGUUUCCAUAGUCUUGGGUAAGCCUUUCAUGGGGACCAAUUUGCAAGCCUUGGAGAACCGGUCAAUGACGACCAUGAUGGUCGUGAAGCCCUGCGAGUCGGGGAGGUCAGUGAGAAAGUCAAUGGAGAUGUGAGACCAGGGACGGUGUGGGACGGGUAGUGGUUCCAACAGACCUUCUGGCAAAUGGCGUUCGGUCCGAGACUGGGUGCAGACUGAGCAUGAGCGUACAAAUUUCUCCACAUCCUGGUUUAGAGAAGGCCACCAAAAGGUCUGACGCAGCAAUUGGGCCGUACGAUGGAUGCCUGGGUGGCCGGAGCUGGGGCUUUCGUGGGUCCACCUAAUCAGUCUUAGAUGGAGUGCAGUGGGAACAUAACACUUGGAGGGUGGACAAUUUGGGGGUGGUGCCUUGGAUGUGUAGGCCUGUUCAAUUUCUCCCAUGAUAUCCCAGCAUAUGGGGGCUACUAGAACAGAUGAUGGGAGGAUAGUGUCGGGGUGUGAGGAUGACUCGAUGACCUCAUGAAUUCUGGAGAGAGCAUCUGCUUUCCUGUUCUUAGAGCCGGGACAAUAGGUGACCGUGAACUUGAACCGUGAGAAAAACAAUGCCCACCUGGCUUGGCGUGGGUUAAGGCGUUUUGCUUCUCGAAGAUACGCAAGGUUACGGUGAUCAGUGAGAAUGAGAAACGGGUGAGUUGCCCCCUCCAACCAAUGUCUCCACUCUUCCAGAGCAGCCUUCAUAGCUAGAAGCUCCUUGUUGCCCACGUCAUAAUUCAAUUCCGCCGGUGUUAAUUUACGAGAGUAGAAGGCACAUGGGUGUAGUUUGCCAGACUCUGGCUGGCGUUGAGAGAGUACUGCCCCUAUCCCGCUGUUCGAGGCGUCCACCUCCACUGUAAAAGGUAAAUCCGUUCGUGGGUGUUGGAGUAUAGGGGCAGAGGAGAAGCUGUGCCUGAGCUUAUCAAAGGCUGUUCUGGCUUGAUCAGUCCACUUUAGUUUCUGUGGUUUUUCCUUUAACAACGAGGUUAGAGGACUGGCUAUGGUGCUAUAGUUCCGAUUGAAACGGCGAUAAAAGUUUUCAAACCCCAGGAAUCGCUGUAGGCCUUUAACACUGAUGGGCUCAGGCCAGGACGUGAUCACUGACACCUUGUACUGGUCCAUCUCACUCCGUUUUGAGAGAUCAUGUAACCCAGAAACGUGAUGGAGGAGCGAUGGAACUCACACUUUCCCAACUUCACGAAGAGGUUAUGGGCUGCCAGGCGGUGGAGGACGGCUCGAACGUGGGAAAUAUGUUGUUUCAAGUCUGAUGAGUAAAUCAAAAUGUCGUCAAUGUAGGCUAUUACGUGACUGUGGAGCAUGUCCCUGAAUACUUCAUUUAUCAUGGAUUGAAACACUGCAGGGGCGUUAGUGAGUCCAUAAGGCAUGACUAAGUACUCAUAGUGUCCAUUAGUGGUGUGAAAAGCAGUCUUCCAUUCAUCUCCCUCUCUUAUCCUGAUCAGAUUGUAGGCACUGUGCAGAUCGAGUUUAGUGAACACUUUGGCCCCUUGUAGCUGUUCGAGGGCGGCUGGAACUAAGGGAGAGGAUAGGGGUAAGGCACUGUGAUUGCGUUCAAACCGCGAUAGUCAAUGCAUGGCCGGAGCCCUGCAUCCUUCUUUUCCAAAAAGAAAAAGCCUGCCUCCGCCGGAGAUGUAGAGGGCCGUAUAUAACCUGCAGCAAGGGCCUCUUCGAUGUAAUCCUCCAUAGCCUUUUUUUCCAGGAUGGAGAGAGGGUAAACUCGAUUCUUGGGUGGUACGGUGUUGGGGAGGAGUUCUAUGGUGCAAUCCCAUGGUCUGUGUGGAGGGAGCCUGGUCACCUUUUCCUUACUGAAAACCUCCCGUAGGUCGUAGCUGGGCUUUCUAUGGAAGUAGCGAGGCAUGGACAAGGAGUAUGAUUCAGAAAACAGUUCUUUAUGCAGAAAGGGGCCCAUCUUCGGAUGUCAUCGUCCUUCCAGGAUAUGUCUGGGUUGUGAAGUUGCAGCCAGGGAAGGCCCAGUACUAUGGGGUUGGACGGGGAAGAGAUGACAAAGAAAGAUAAUCGUUCAUGAUGGGAUAAUCCGAGUUGGAGGUCAAGGGGUUGUGUUUGAUGAGAAAUGAGACCCCCUCCGAUGGGCUGAUCGUUGAUGGCGGUCACUCUGAGCGGGGGUAUGCAUGGGACUGUGGGGAUGUGGAGAUCGUGCACCAGAGUCUCUUCCAUGAGGUUGACCGCCGAGCCCGAGUCAAUUAAUGCUGUGACAAAAAACUGAGAAUGAGCAAGGAGUAGAUAUGCCGGAAGAGAAACUUUGGAUAAACGUACUAUGGUCUCUACCUGUGAUGUAGAUGGUUUUUUGGGACAUUGGAGCACUCUGUGACCGGGUUUCCCGCAGUAGAAGCUGACGUUGAGUUUGGUGCGCCGUUCACGCUCCUCCGCUGUAACUCGAGCCCUUUCCAGUUGCAUGGGUUCAGAAAAAUCCUCUGUGUAUGGUUGAACUUCCAUCUUAUGAUGUGGCAGGGGGCGUGAGGUGGUGGCUGUAGGUCGAUGUUGGCGGCGCAGGUUAUCCAGACGGAUGGCUGUGGAAAUGUACUGUGACAACGUAACGUUGGUGUCGCGGCAUGCCAUUUCUGCUUGUAAUUCCGGGUUGAGUCCCUCGCGGAAAACUGCCAUGAGAGCUGUCGCAUUCCAUCCCGACUGAGCUGCCAACGUGCAGAAUUUUAUGGCAUAAUCCACGGCUGUGUCCACCCCCUGGAGCAAUUCCAGCAGCUGUACGGAAACAUCCUUGCCUCCUGCCGAGUAUUCAAACACCUCCUUGAUUAAAUUAGCGAAGUAAUCCGCGGACGAUUUGACUUGAGGGUCGGAGUCCCAACUGCUGCUGCCCAAUCUAGCGCUCUGCCGGUUAGUAGGGAUAAUAUGAACGCGCACCUGGUUCUCUCGUUGCUGUAAGCCUCAGGUUGGUGAGCGAAGUAGUUAUCGCAUUGACGAAGGAAACCCCGGUAGCGAUCGGCGGAUCCGUCGAACUCAAAACGAGGAAGUUUGCUGCGAAUGUUGUACGCUGGUGCCGCGGCUGCCACUUGAUCCGGUGGCUGUUGCUGGAGCUGUUGGUUAGCGGCUUUCAGUGCGUCGACCUCCGCCUGAUAAGCUUGGAUGAGGACUCGCUGUCACCAUAGCGCAGCUUGCAUAUCUGCUGGACUCAUCUCUGGCGAAGCAUUCUGUAACGUCUCAUCAGAUGUAGGAGUGUUAGAAUCCAUACGCAGAUGUAAUAAAGGACAGAAGGCAAAAUCUUAGUCGAGGUCACGAAGAAACAGGGUCAAAACCAGAAAGCAACACUGUGGACCAAAACACAAAUCCAGAAAUCGAAGUCAAAAGCAAACGGGCAGGGUCAUGCACGAGGUUACUAGACAAUGACUAAAUCAAGGCUUGGCAAGUAACGCUAUAGGAAACAAUGCUUCGCAAUGUGGCUGAGAUAGCGUGCUGCUUAUAUACGUCUCUGGACCGGAAGUGGGCAGAAACGGUUAAUAUUCGGGCGAUGGCUCCCUCUGGUGUUCAGGCCUCGUGACAACAUGUCCAAUCCAUGUUAAUCUGGCCUCUCUAACUUUGUCCCCCAAACAUCCAACAUGAGCUGUCCCUCUGAUGUACUCCUUCCUAAUCCUGUCCAACCUUGUCACUCCCAAAGAGAACCUCAACAUCUUCAGCUCUGCUACCUCCAGCUCUGACUCCUGUCUCUGUCUCAGUGAUACUGUCUCUAAACCAUACAGCAUGACUGGUCUCACCACUGUCCUGUACACCUUCCCCUUGAUUCUUGCUGAAAUUUUUCUAUCACACAGAACUCCCGACACCUCUUCACCCUGUAAUCUUACUGUUCCACUUCCCUCCCUGUCAUUCACACACAUGUACUCAGUCUUACUACGACUGACUUUCAUUCCUCUUCUCUCCAGCGCAAACCUCCACCUCUCCAGGUUUUCCUCCACCUUCUCUCUGCUCUCACUACAGAUCACAAUGUCAUCUGCAAACAUCAUUGUCCAAGGAGUCUUCUGUCGGACCUCCUCUGACAAAUGGUCCAUUACCAUAGCAAACAGGAAGGGGCUCAGAGCCGAUCCCUGAUGCAGUCCCACCUCCACUUUGAACUCCUCUGUCUGACCUACAGCACACCUCCCCACUGUCCUGCUCCUCUCAUACAUGUCCUGCACCACUCUGACAUACUUCUCUGCUACUCCUGACUUCCUCAUACAGUACCACAGCUCUUCUCUUGGUACCCUGUCAUACGCUUUCUCCAAGUCUACAGACACACAAUGCAACUCUCUCUGACCAUCCCUAUACUUCAUCAGAAUUCUGAGAGCAAAAAUUGCAUCUGUUGUGCUCUUUCUGGGCAUGAAGCCAUACUGCUGCUCACAAAUUUCCACUACCUUCCUUAACCUAGCUUCCACUACUCUUUCCCAUAGCUUCAUUGUAUGGCUCAUCAACUGUAUCCCCCUAUAGUUGCUGCAACUCUGCAUGUCACCCUUAUUCUUAAAGAUCGGCACUAAUACACUUCUUCUCCAUUCCUCAGGCAUAUUCUCACUCUCUAAAACCCUGUUAAACAGACUAGUUAAAAAUUCCACUGCUGCCUCUCCUAGACACUUCCAGACCUCCACCGGGAUGUCGUCAGGACCAACUGUUUUUCAUCCUGCUUUUCAUCCUCUUUAAAGCCUUUCUGAAUUCAUACCUUCUUAUCUUAUCUACUUUCUGAUCCACAGAGUUCACCCCUUCUACUCUUUUUUCCCUCUCAUUUUCCUCAUUCAUCAGCUCUUCAAAGUACUCCUUCCAUCUCCUCUGUACACUCUCCUCACUUGUGAGCACCUUUCUACCUCUAUCCUUAAUAACUCUAACUUGCUCCACAUCCUUCCCAUCUCGAUCCCUCUGCCUAGCUUACACUCUCUCCCACUACCACUUUACAGUCACUAAUCUCUUUCAGAUUGCCUCUUCUACAUAGGAUGUAGUCUAUCUGUUUGGUCCUACCUCCACUCUUGUAAGUCACUCUAUGCUCCUCCCUCUUCUGAAAAUAAGUGUUAACCACAGCCAUGUUCAUCCUCUUAGCAAAGUCCACUACCAUCUGUCCUUCAAGGUUCCUUUCCUUAACUCGAAACUUGCCCAUCACCUCAUCACCUGUGUUCCCCUCACCAACAUGUCCAUUAAAAUCUGCUCCUAUCACCACUCUCUCACCCAUGGUCAAACUCUCUACCACCUCAUCUAAUUCACUCCAGAAUCUCUCUUUCUCCACUAUCUCCUUGAACCUCUAACUUCAGACUCAUCACCCUGUCUGACACUCUCUUCACCUCCAGAACAUUCCUCACAAACUCCUCCUUCAGGACCACACCUACCCCAUAUCUCUUACUAUCCACACCAUAAUAAAACAGCUUGAACCCUGCUCCUAUACUACAAACCUUGCUACCCUUCCACCUGGACUCCUGUACACACAGUAUAUCCACCUUCCUUCUCUCCAUCAUAUCAGCCAGCUCUCUACCUUUCCCUGUCAUAGUACCAACAUUCAGAGCUCCUAUUCUCAGCCCUACACUCUUACCUUUCCUCUUCUCUCUCUGUCUACACACUCUCCUUCCUCCUCUACUUCUUCGAGCAACAGUAGCCCAAUUUCCACCAGCGCCCUGUAGGUCAGCGGCGCCGAUGGCAGGCGUUGUUAGCCUCGACUGAUCUGAUAUGAAAUUCAGAGUACUGACGAUUUGCAUGGUUAAAUUUGGCAAUGUUUUACACCAGAUGCACUUCCUGACGCAACCCUCUCUAUUUAUCCGGGCUUGGGACCGGCACAGAAGUCACUGGACUGUGACCCCUAUGGCCAGAUUAGAAAUCACAUGGAAUAAAGUGUUAAAUUGUAAUCAUUGGAAUUUUUCAAUAAGGCCAAAAGUUUGCUGGAGCAGCAGCUACAUGGGUUAUAUUUUUGCACUGAAGGGGGAUGAAAUGGUUAAAAGAGGAGCGUUCAUAACUUCUCUGUGUUUGUGCUCCUCCUCCUUCCUCCCUCCCUCUCUCUCAUGCACACACACACACACACAUACACACACACAUACACACACACACACACACACAGAACCAGGAAGUUUAAGAGAAAAUGAAACAGAUCUCUCUCUCCACGUGUUAGUCUAGGAAAAUGGCUGAAGCCAGUAUUUCGGUAGAUCAGUUUUCAGUGGAUCAGUUCAGCUGUCCAGUGUGUCUGGAUCUCCUGAAGGAUCCGGUGACUAUCCCCUGUGGUCACAGUUUCUGUAAGGUGUGUAUUAAUGGUUGCUGGGAUCAGGAGGAUCAGAAGGGCGUCUACAGCUGUCCUCAGUGCAGAGACACUUUCACUCCAAGGCCUGUUCUACGCAGAAACAACAUGCUGGCUGAAGUGGUGGAGAAACUGAAGAAGACUGAAGUCCAAGCUGCUUCUCCUGCCCACUGUUAUGCUGGACCUGGAGAUGUGGAGUGUGAUUUCUGCACCGGGAGAAAACACAAAGCCGUCAAGUCCUGUCUGAUGUGUGUGACCUCCUUUUGUGAAACUCAUCUGAAACCUCAUUUAGAUAUUCCUGCUUUAAAAAAACACACGUUAGUCGAAGCCUCUGGAAAUCUACAAGAGAAGAUCUGCUCUGAACAUGAUAAAGUGCUGGAGAUCUACUGUCGUACUGAUCAAAGAUGUAUUUGCUCUUUGUGCAUGUUGGAUAAACAUAAAGGCCAUGACGCUGUAUCAGUUACAGCAGGAAGAGCUGAGAAACAGACUGAGCUAAAGGAGGAUCAGAUGAAAUUCCUGCAGAGAAUCCAGGAGAAGCAGAAGAAGGUGCAGGAGCUGAAACAGACUGUGAACACUAUAAAGCUCAGUGCACAGACAGCAGUAGAUGACAGUGAGAGGAUCUUUACUGAGAUGAUCAGCUUCAUGGAGAAAAAGCGCUCAGAGGUGACGGAGCUGAUCAGAGCUCAGGAGAAGACUGAACUGAGUCGAGCUGAACGACUCCUGGAGCAACUGGAGCAGGAGAUUGCUGAUCUUCAGAGGAGAGUCACUGAGCUGGAGCAGCUUUCACACACACACGAUCACAUCCAUUUCCUCCAGGCUUUAGCUUCUGGAUGUCAAUCUCCAUUAAAAAGACCAGAGUUUGACACGUCCAGAAUCACUGUCCCUCAACAUCUGUCAUUUGAUGGAGUGAGGAAUUCUCUCUCAGAUCUGAAGAAGAGACUGGAGGAAUUCUGUGAGGAGGAAUUCAACAAAAUCCCUCCACAUGCUGCAGCAGUUCAGAUCAUUUCACUACCAGAGAUACAGAACAGAGAAGAGUUUCUGAAAUAUUUCUGUUCUCUGACUCUGGAUCCCAACACGACAAAUCCUAAACUCAUUCUGUAUGAGAAGAACAGAGUGGUGAGAGGCAGUGUGAGAGAGCAGCAGUACUCUGAUCAUCCAGAGAGAUUUGACUCCUGGUUUCAGGUGUUGUGUAAGGAGAGUGUGUGUGGACGCUGUUACUGGGAGGUGGAGUGGACCGGUGUUAGAGGUGUGUCCAUAUCAGUCUCAUAUAAAGACAUCAGCAGGAAAGGACCGGGUGAUGAGUGUGGGUUUGGACGCAACAAUCAGUCCUGGAGUCUGUGGUGUUCUUCUUCUCAUUAUUCUUCUCUCUCUUUCCUUCACAACAACACUGAGACUGAUCUCAGAGUUCCAUCAUCCUCCAGAAUAGGAGUUUAUUUGGAUCACAGUGCAGGAAUUCUGUCCUUCUACAGUGUCUCUGACACCAUGAAGCUCCUCCACAGAGUCCACACCACAUUCACUCAGCCUCUAUAUGCUGGGUUCUUGGUUUGUUUACGAUCAGAAGCGAGGUUGUGUGAUCCAGAAUACAGAAAAGUGUUUCAUUUCAACAAGAUUCCACAUUAUAGAGAGAUCGUUCCUGAGCACCAAAGCACUAAAAUGUAAAUCUAAAACACACACACAGAAUAUUCAUUCUUUGUAAUGUGGUAAUCAUUUUAUUAUCCACAGACACUUACAGAAAUAUGUUUUAUAGGUUUUUAACAAUUAAGAACCUUAUUUUAAUGAAACAUUUAUAAACUUUACAAUAUCCUGGUUGUGUAAGUAUGUACAGCUUUAUAAUUGGGGGUGUGUCUGUGUUCAGAAUAAACCAAUCACAUUCAAUCUCAUGUACAAAAGUAAUUAUCAUCAGCUGCAUCAAUGAAAUGAUUCUGAUUAACUCCAAAUAAAGAAGAUUCUGUGGGAUUUUCUUCAUAUCUUCUUGUCUUCAUCUGACCGACUAAAAUAACAGAAGCAGCUUUGAUUUACUGAUAUAUUUAACUUUAUAAACUCCUGACACAAAUAUGAUAUGAAACAGAGAGAGAGAGAGAGAGAGAGAGAGAGAGAGAGAGAGAGAGAAGAAACAGCACAUGGUUCAAACUGUGAAGGGAUUUCAGUCAGAAGUUUUGGAGAUCUGCAGGAUACACAAAAUUAUUCCUGAAAAGAUGAUACACCAGAAGCUGACCACAUGGUUUAAAAUGUUAAAACUUUACUCCUGAUUGUGAAACAGAAAUGUUUUCAGGUCAGAAUGUUAAUGUGGGAAGGGAUUUUGAGUUUAGUUUGGAGUGUUUAUAUCAGACAGUCUGUUUAUAUACAGUCUGUAAAUCUACCCUUUCAGACGUCCUUCUCAUCUCGGGACAGUUUGAUAUUUUCUCAUCAAGUUUUCACUCUAGCCAAAAUGUCUGAAUGCCUUCACAGUCAGGUACCUAUAUCCACUCACUCUGAGAUGCAUGUUUCUUCACAAUACGGGACCUGCAUAGCAACUAUAAUCUCAUCAGA